AUGGCCAAUAGAGUACGCCAAAUGAUUCAUGAAGAAGUUGGAGAUAAAUAUUUUUGUAUUCUUGUUGACGAAGCACAAGAUAUCUCCAAGAAAGAGAAAAUGGCCAUUAUCUUGAGGUUUGUGAAUGAUCAGAGAAUUUUGACUGAACAUUUUUUUGCAAUUAAAAGCGUUAGUGACACUACUUCACUAAAUUUGAAGAAAGAGAUAUGUCGUGUUAUUUCUCAUCAUGAUUUGCAGGUUGAGAAAAUGAGAGGUCAUGGAUAUGAUGGUGCUAGUAAUAUGCGUGGUUCAUGGAAUGGACUUCAAACAUUAUUUCUUAGAGAUUGUCCAUAUGCCUAUUAUAUUCAUUGCUUUGCUCAUCGUCUACAGUUGGCAAUAGUUUCUGCAGCUAAAGAUAUUAGUGUCAUUUGGGAGUUCAUUUCUCACUUGGAUAAUGUUGUCAACAUUAUAACUUCUUCACCAAAGCGUAUUCUUCAAAGAAAAGUUCAAGAUAUUUUGGCUGCUAUUGCUUUUGUCUCUACUACUAAAACUAUUCUUCAAGAAUUGAGAGAAAGUGGCUGCUGGGAAGAAUUUCUCGAAGAAGUCAAGGUCUUUUGCUUGAAGAAUGAUAUUGAUGUCCCCAAUUUGGAUUCUCUAUAUAAGAUCUUAAAAACUCUUUCGAAUCAGUUCAACAGUGAUAAUAUUUGCAAGCUUGCGAGAAAAUUCUAUCCUGAAGAUUUCACUGAUCAAGAUAUUGUUUCGUUAGAGUAUGAGUUGGAACAUUAUAAGCACGAUGUGAUUGUGAUGCAGGAGUUUCAAGUUUCUACACUUGUUGAGUUGAGCCAACUACUUAUGAAGAGUGCAAGGUCAAAGCAUGUGAAGACGGCACUUCGUAACAACAUGGGAGAUGAUUUGCUUGAAGAUUAG